CCCAGAUGUGAAAGGAUGAUUUUCUCUUUUCCUUUUCUUGUUUUUAGUUUUUACUAACAGUUGGAAAUGAUGAGUUCAUCCAGGCCUUAAACCUAUCCGCCUGUCGCCGCCAUCGUUCAGUUACCACCGCCACCGUUUCGAUCACCGGUGUUACGCCGCCGCAAUCGAAUGAUUCUCGAAGUAUGAUCUGGAGCUUCACAAAACCAAAUCCGGACGCAAUUUCCUACAUUUCUUUUCCCCCUAGAAUUUAUUUGUAGCUGUAACUCGGUUGCUCUUCGCUUGUUCGGAAAAGACUUGAACUUGAGGCUAAGGAAUACAGAGAGUUGGUCUUCAUUGAAAGAGAAUAGUUGUCAAAGGAUUCGAAGCCGAUUUAUUUGUUUGUGCUUGUGCUUGUGCAGAAGAGUAAGUAGAACAGAACAUGAGAAGGAACUUCACAAAGUUGCCUUCAUCCUCUUCCCCUUUCAUUACCUUCGCUUCCCGGUUCUCCACGUCCUCUUCUGGUAGAGGCCGUGGCCGGGGUUUAAUCUCCACCCAAUUCAGUUUUGUGGACGAAAAACCCACUCCUCCCCCCUCCUCUCCAUCAGAAAACAAGCCUCCCCCUUCAGGGUUUGGUCAUGGACAUGCAGGCGGAGGAGGAGCUGGCCGUGGCAAACCUUUUACUUUUACACCACCUUCUCCAUCGCCAACAGUGUUUUCUAAUCCAGGCCUUGGCCGAGGUCGAGGUUUGGGACCGGAUAUAGGUUCAAGUAAUCUUCAACCGACCCCACCACCACCACCACCAGCAGCUCAACGCUCUGAUCCUACUACGCCAUCAGCCCGUGAUAACCGUCACUUACAUGCGUCCAUUGUUCUGGGCCGCCCACCGAAUUCAAAUGAAACCAAUCUUUCUGCCAGCAUCCAUUCAAUUGUAAGUAAUGGUGCAGGAAGAGGCAAGGUCCUGAAUCCAUCAGCACCUUCCGCGGGUCCCUCCAUUAAACCGAAGGAGGAAAAUCGCCAUGUCAGGCCUCGGCAGCCCCCAGCUAGAAGAGAAAACAAUGCAGCUUCCAGACCCCCGCAACAGCCCUUGAGUAAGGACGAAGCUUUCAAGAAAGCUGUUGGAAUACUUUCCAAGGAUGGUGGAGAGGGCCCAGCUGCAAGGGGUGGGAGAGGAGGAGGCUUCAGAGGUGGGAGAGGUAGAGAGAUGUGGAGAGGUCAGGGUGGUGCAGGAGGAAGGGGAGGGGGGAAAGGUCGAUCCAUUGAUGAUUCUGAUGAUGAUUCUGAGGAUCAUGAUUUUGAGGAGGAUGAUUAUGAAUCAGGACUUUACCUCGGAGAUGAUGCUGAUGUUGACAAAUUGGCGAAGAGGUUUGGACCUGACGUGUGGAAUCAAAUAGUGGAAGGCUUUGAUGAAAUGGGCGACAGAGUGCUCCCGUCUCCAUUCGAUGAUGCUUACGAGGAGGCCCUUUGCACCAACUUAAAGAUAGAAUGUGAACCAGAGUACCAAAUGGGAAAUUUUGAGAGUAAUCCGGAUAUUGACGAGAAGCCUCAAAUGUCUCUUAGAGAGGCUCUGGAUAAAGUGAAGCCAUUCAUUAUGGCAUACGAGAAUAUUCAAUCUCACGAAGAGUGGGAGGAAGCUGUAGAAGAAGUAAUGAAGAAAGUACCAGUUCUGAAAGAUAUCGUCGACUUGUAUGGCGGACCUGAUAGAGUAACUGCCAAGCAACAGCAACAAGAGCUGUUAAGAGUGGCUGAUAUGAUUCCAGAAAGGGCACCUCCUCCUAUAAAGCGAUUUACCCAGAACGCCGUUCUCUCUUUGCAGGUUGCCUCCUUCUAAAUUAUGCUGGUGCAUUUCAAAUAAACUGCAGAUUACAUUUUUGUUUGAUUUUAUUUUGCAUUUCCUUAUAUGUCAUGAAAGGUUGUGGUUUCCUGAAGACUCGUAACCUAUUACUGCUAGAUGUCAAAUGAGCUAGGCAUGAUAGCAGCCUUUCUCAUUGUUUCUGCCUAAAUGUGUCUUAUAUCUGUCCCUUUCUGCAAGCAAAGCUAGAAAAGUUAAGUUGCAAAUUUAUAGCUUGACUUUUUGCCUCAACCCUGAUUUUUACUUGCAUUAUAGAUUGAUUAUCAAAUAUUUCAAAGGAGCUGUAUGGCUUCUAAUCUUGUCACUGGUGCACAGCAAUUUGAUAUUUCUUUAUUUGCGUAUUAUCCAUGGAUAUUCCUGCAUGAUAGCUGUAAACAUGACAAUGCAGAUGUAAAUGUCUACUCAAUAGUACCCAACAGUCACUUUCUCUGACAAUUUAUGAUGAGCCCCCUCUAUAUGGGGGCUUCUAAUUUUAUAUGCUCACCCAUUGAUUUUUGUUUUAUCAACAUGUAUCCAUUGGAGAUUGUAUUUUUUACAACAAAUUGGGUUAUCUGACUCCUGCAUCUAAGAAACGAUCAGAUUCAAUCAGAUUCAUGAUGUUUCAGAUAACUUCUUGUACGAUUCAUUUCGCAUCACAAAACGGAAAGUCAUUUCAUUUAAAGAAAUCUAAUCCAAACACAACCUAAUGAGUUGAUUGAUAUGUUUCCCUUUGGAGUUGGCUGUCUAUAACUGUUUCCUACUUGAUAUUGCAGAGUAACCCAGGGUGGGGAUUUGAUAAGAAAUGCCAACUUAUGGAUAAGCUUGUGCACGAACUUUCCCGGCCAUACAAAUGAGCCGGGGUGACCUUUUGCUGCAUGAUUUAUUUCUAGUAACUCAUGGAAAGAUGGGUGAAGCUCGGAGCCGGGAGGAUCAUGGCUAGGAAAUCUCAAAUAUUUCAGUGUUUAGACUACUUUUUUCAGCGCAAGGUAAUUUGUACUUAGAAUUUUCCUGUGCAACUUAUCAGUGUUUUUAGCAGUUAGAAGUUUAAAAAUGCAGCUGAAUCACGAACAGGUAUAGUGAAUAAUCCUACCAAAACAAAACUAUACAUUUGUUACUGUUCUGAGAAUAUUGAGUGAUAUUGAACCAUAUAUAGAUUUGAUUUGGAAACAGGUGGAAGAUUUGAAAUGCAUUACGCAAUCAUCUUUUCUGAGCUCCAAAGAAUUAGAACUCAGCUUUAAGAAUUUAGCGAUAAUCUUUCAGAACCCAUUAUUUGUAGCUAUUCAGCUGUUGGUGCGCUACUAGUUGCUAGUGCUUGACUGAUAAGAGAGGUUAGCCUAAUUUCAUCAGCAUUAUUUGCAACGUUUAAAAUAACUCGUUUUAGCACCAUUUCACCAGUAUUUUUACAUGUAUAUUUUUCUCAUUCCCGGACUACUCAAAUGCCCAGAAAGAAUUAAUUUGUCAUCGACUGUAAAUCUUCAAAUU